UUUUACAGGUUUCCCUGAUUUUCCAGGGAGUUCUACCCCUUUUCAGAGAUGGAGCUAUUGCAGUGUGAUGGCUGUGACUUCCGUGCAGAGUCAUGUGAUGACUUGAAGACUCACAUUCAGGAAGUGCACACUGUUUUUCUGCAGCCUGCAGAUGCAGAUGAGUCUGAUUCCCUAAAAGACGAGGAUGAGGACAAGGAGGACGGAGAGGAAUAUGUGGAUCAGGAUGACAAGGAUUAUACGCCUUCUAAAGCUGGAAUGAGUCCUAACUCUACAGAUGGCCCCAACCAAAUAUCCCAAAAGCAGGCAGCUGAAACCCAUCUUCCAUUUUAUCAGUGCAAGUUCUGCGUCCGUUACUUCCGAUCAAAGUCAUUCUUAAGAAACCACACCAAAAAGGUCCAUAAUGUCACGGAGGAGGAUUCAGAUGCGAGCAUCUCCUCGGAGAAAGCUAAGCAGCCCUGCUACACUGUAAUAAUGCACAAUGAUAACUCAAAAAUGUAUUCCUGUCAACAUUGCACAUACAAAUCUCCCCGCAAAGCAAGGAUACUGAAACACCAACUGAUGUAUCAUAACAAGGUUCCCUCGGAUGGCACUGGGGAGCCUUCAGAGAGCGUUGAAAAUGAAGAGAAUUCUGAUUCAGCCUGUGACCUCGCGAAGGGGACGUUUCCCUGCGAAUGGUGUGACUAUCAGACUGACCAGAAAGACAGCUGGACAAAUCAUGUGGUCAAGGAGCACAGCGAUAAGGUCAAGAUCAUCUCCGGCACUGUGGAGAAUGAAGGAGAGGCAGGUUCAAGCUCACCCAAACCACAUUCCCCUUCUUCUUCCCGAAGCCCAACCAGAUCAAAGAUGAGCUCCAGCGGAAAUGAGGAAUCAGUGGCGAAAGCACCGGAAGGCAACCCAGAUAAGUCAGUGGCAGAGAUCUCAUCCAUUCAGUAUGCACAAAUCAGUGCAGUAACACCUAACAGCACAGGUUCCUCCAUUUUGUCAAAGAGGUUUGCCUCGCCUGAUGUCUCCAACUGUGUCACAGAGCUAGAUUCUAACUUGCUUAAUGACGAAGACUCUAGGAGCAGCUUAGAGGAUGACGAUGAUGACGAAGACCUGGGCGACAUUGACGAUCCAAACUAUACUGGAACCUUGUCUGCAGAUGUAAAGCAGCUUUUAACCGAUGACGAUAACAAAUUAUUGGAAACUAAAGGCAUACCCUUCAGAAAGUACAUGAACCGGUUUCAGUGCCCCUUCUGCUCCUUCCUCACCAUGCACAGACGGAGCAUCUCCCGCCACAUUGAAAAUAUUCACCUCUCCGGCAAAGCCACAGUGUAUAAAUGUGAUGAAUGCCCUUUCAUUUGCACCAGCCCUCUGAAACUAGGCACGCACAAACAGACCCACAAUCCCACAGAUUUAGAGACUUUGGACCUUACAGGUGAUAGCCCAGAGCCGCAGAAUGAGAGCGCUUCAGAGCCGGUGAACGGAGGGAACGUAAGCUCUAGAAUAAACGGAAAAAAGGCAACCAGCACAUCAAAUGACCAGCAGAACCCUCAUCGCUGCACGCUUUGCAGUUUUUCCACCACCACCCUGAAAGGUCUGAGGGUCCACCAGCAGCAUAAGCAUUCCUACUGUGAUGACCUAGAUUCCACUGUUUUUGAAGCCCAGCUGACAGACCAGCCGGAUUCUGAAGUGGAAGCUUCUCCAAUCUUCCUACAAAAAACCCAAACGCCCAUUUUAGGACUCGCCACCAAAAAAGCCCUAGUGUCAGGGAAAAGAGCCAGAAAGUCUAUUAAUGAUUUGCCUUUGGAUUUGUCCUCAGUCAAGAAGCGAACCAGAAUUGAUGAAAUUGCAAGCAACCUUCAGAGUAAGAUUAGCCAAAGCCAACAAGAUGCGAUUAUAAAUCUGGAUGAGAUGGACGACGAAGACGCUCUUGAAAAUAAUGCCAGUGCUGACGAGGGCAGAAACCACGACAACAACAAUCCUGUUUUUGCUUACACCACGCAGCAGCUUCACGCAAGAGACUCAGCAAUCGCUCACGAGGGAGGCAGAAUAGGGAAGAGAAAAAGCAACCCCAAGUCAAAGCCUAGAAGCAUUCCCAUAUCUCUGACUCUCUCGGACGAUAGUGAGAACAUCUCAGCUGACCCCAAUGACAGCUCAGUCCAAGAUAACAUGGACUAUUCUGAGGGAUCUGGAGUACGUUUCUACUGUAAACACUGUGAUUACCACAACAAAUCUGCUCGGAGUGUGAGCACUCAUUACCAGAGAAUGCACCCGUACAUCAAGUUCAGCUUUAAAUACAUCCUGGACCCAGAAGACCAGAGCGCAGUGUUCCGGUGCUUGGAGUGCUACAUUGAAUACACAAAUUACAACGAUUUACAUCAACACUACAUGGACCACCACCCUGAGGCGAGCAAUGUGCUCAACUUCAACCAGCCGCAUCUGUUAUACAUGUGCCGCUUUUGCUCAUACACAAGUCCCAAUGUCAGGAGCCUAAUGCCCCAUUACCAAAGAAUGCAUCCCACAGUAAAGAUCAACAACGCCAUGAUCUUCUCCAGCUACAUUGUGGAGCAGAGUCACAAAACAGGUGAAUCUCAAACUCUAAGGGAAAUAUUAAACUCUGGCCCAAAAAACUUUAACUCAUCCACUUCCAUGCCCAGGUCCUCUUCAAGUCCAGUACUGAAAACAGUUCCCAAGUCCCCUGAAGCCAGUGCAGAGGCAGAACCUCUCAAAGAAACAAUGAGUGGUAAUGUUGUUGUCUAUGACUGUGACGUGUGUUCCUUUGCCAGCCCUAACAUGCACUCGGUGUUGGUCCAUUACCAGAAAAAACAUCCAGAGCAAAAGGCAUCUUAUUUUCGCAUACAGAAAACCAUGAAGGUGGUGUCUGUGGAUCAGUCACAGUCUGUAGCCAACUCCUCAUUCAGCCCCAGUAUAUCAACCACUCCAAAACAGUUGGGUGCAGCAGUGUAUGGAUCGGAUGAGGAAAUGUACUACUGUAAACACUGCGUGUACAGCAACAGAUCUGUGGUCGGCGUGUUGGUCCACUAUCAAAAAAGACACCCAGAAGUUAAAGUGACAGCUAAAUAUAUCAAACAUGGUGCUCCAACCCCUGGCUUGAUGAAAUUGAUGGAUGAAUUGCAAAUUGCAGCUCCCAAACAGUUUUUGAAGCAGUUUCAAAAUAAUGGUCAUGACAGCUCCAGUAACUCCAGUCCCAAACUGGGGGCCAGUGACAAAGGUGAGGAUGAGUUGUUCUUCUGUCAGCACUGCGAUUACGGCAACCGCACCGUGAAAGGAGUGCUUAUCCACUACCAGAAAAAGCAUAGGGAAACUAAGGCCAAUGCUGACCUGGUGCGUCGUCACACUGCAGUAGUGAGGAGUCAGCGUGAGCGCGCACAGAUGGUCCAGUCAGGCGGUGCCUCCUCUGCUGUAAUCACAGCUCCCCCCGACCCUGAAAGUGCAACGCCUUUACGUUCCCUUAAAUGCAAACACUGCUCCCAUACAUCCCCCUAUGUCUAUGCGCUGAAGAAGCAUCUGAAGAAAGAGCACCCGACUGUGAAAGCCACAGCCCUCACCAUUUUACACUGGGCCUACCAAGAUGGCAUUCUGGAGGCAGGUUAUCACUGUGAAUGGUGCAUUUACUCUCAUUCUGAGCCCCAAGGCCUGUUGCUCCACUACCAAAGACGCCACCCCGAACAUAAUGUGGAUUAUGCAUACAUGGCCAGCAAGCUGUGGGCUGGGCCUGAAACCACCCAACAAGGUGGCAAUAUGGAAACUAAACAUUAUAAGUGUAGAGACUGUGCCUUUGAGGCUUGUACCAUAUGGGACAUCACUAGUCACUACCAGGCUGUCCAUCCCUGGGCUGUCAAAGGGGACGAAUCUGUGCUCCUGGAUAUCAUCAAAGAUAGCGACCCAACUGAACAGAUCCAUGAGCAGGUUGCCAUAGAGCAGGCACCCCUGAAUUGCCAGCCUGUUGAGGAGGAUGGAGCGCUAAUCAUUGCUACCCCGCCUCAAGAAACCAAUCCCCAUCCUUCCCACCCACGUCUUUCCAUCUCUAAUAAUCCUUAUCAGUGCACCGUUUGUCUGUCAGAGUACAACAGCCUCCAUGGACUCCUCACUCACUACGGCAAGAAGCACCCAGGCAUGAAAGUAAAAGCUGCAGACUUUGCACAGGAGGCAGACAUCAACCCCAGUUCUGUGUAUAAAUGCCGUCACUGUCCGUAUGUGAACUCCCGCAUCCACGGAGUCCUAACGCACUACCAGAAAAGACAUCCGCUGGUGAAAGUUACAGCAGAGGACUUUGCAGAUGAUAUAGAGCAAAUCACUGAGCUGCAUGAAGGAGAUGACAAGUUCAAAACUCAAAGGCAGGGUUACGGCGCAUACAGAUGCAAGAUGUGCCCAUACACACAUGGAACGCUGGAGAAGCUCAAGAUCCACUAUGAGAAAUAUCACAAUCAGUCUGCCUCGGAUAUGUUCUCGCCGUCGCUGACUCAUUUUUCCUCCGGUAAAGAAACCGAGCCAAUUGCUGAAUGCAGUGGUAGCAUUAUGUCGAGUGGAAAAGUCCAGGAUGUGAAUGAAUUGGAUGUUGCUCUCGCUCAGUUACCUGUCAAUAAGACAGAGAAACAUGCUAUCUUCAAGUGUCAGCUCUGUAAGUAUUUCUGCUCAACCAGGAAGGGCAUUGCUCGCCAUUAUCGCAUCAAGCACAACAAUGUCCGAGCUCAGCCAGAGGGGAAAAAUAAUGUCUUCAAAUGUGCUCUGUGUUCAUACACAAACCCUAUACGCAAAGGCCUGGCAGCACACUACCAGAAAAGGCACGAUAUUGAUGCCUAUUACACCCAUUGUCUGGCUGCCUCGAAGACUAUGAGCGAAAAGCCCAGCAAGGUGAUUCCGCAGCCACCGUUGGAAGCAGAAAGUUCAGAAAUGAGCGAAGACCUGCGUUUAGCCGUGGAAAGACGACGCUGCAAUCUUUGUGGCUUCCAAGCCUUCAGCAGGAAGAGCAUUGUCUCACACUACAUCAAACGCCACCCAGGUGUCUUCCCCAAGAAGCAGCACUCUAGCAAACUUGGUCGCUACUUCACCGUUAUUUAUGCCAAAGAGCCCGAGAAGGUUGAGGCGAGCCCUUUGGCAGAGGAGGUCAAGGAAAUACUGGAGGUUCCGCUUGAGCCCGAGCAGGACAGAGAAGACGACUGGCUGCCGUUUAAAUGUCUGAAAUGCUUCCGGUUAUCGUUUAGCACUGGCCAGCUGCUCUCUAUGCACUACAAUGAUCACCACAGCAUAGACUUAAAGAGGGACUUCUUGGUUUCCCCUGCUCCAGAGGAUGAGGAAUCAGAGUUAUACCAGUGUUCUCACUGUGAGCUAAAGUUCCUGACUCUUCCCUGUCUGGCUAAACAUCUACUGAAUCACAAUGAGGAGUUUCAGAAGAGGGCCAUGAGGCAGGAGAGAAGAAAGCAGCUUCUCAGCAAACACAAAGCCUCAGAUCUGCCAGAGAAUAAACUUGAAAAGGAAAGCCCAGCUAAUAAAACCCCCAUAGGAUUCCAAUGCAACUUCUGUGUAGAGAUCCAUCCCACCCUUCGAGCCAUCUGCAACCAUCUUAGGAAGCACGUCCAGUACGGAGAAAUCAAAGAGGGUCAUGUCAAGCAGGAAGUCAGUGAGGUUCCCCUGACCCUACCUUCAAAGACCCUAACCAAUGGCGGCCUGGAGUUGGAUGAAGCAGGUGACACUGAUGACCUGGAGAGACCUGAAGCCUCAACAAUGGGCUCGCCGUUUUCCACGGCUUCAGGUGGGGUUGACGUUGCCGUGGAGGCUCUCGACCCAGACACCGAGGCCAUUGAGGGAAGAGCGGCAGCCCUUGUGGCUGCGGCCAGGGCCGUGGUGUCAGAGAGCCAGCUGAAGCAGCGCUUAGCAGCGGGGGGUCACGCAUGUGCCCAGUGCGACAGAGUCUUCAUGUCCAUGCAGGGGCUGAGGUCACAUGAGAGGAGCCACUCAGCCAUGGCACUGUUCAGCAGAGAGGACAAAUACAGCUGCCAGUACUGUCAGUUUGUCUCACCAUUCAGACACAACCUGGACAGACAUGUGCAGUCUCACCACGGGCACCACAAGCCUUUUAAGUGCAAGUUCUGUCCCUUUAAAUCUGCCUACCUGAGUCGCUUAAAAAGCCACCUGCAUAAGGCUCACACAGGUGAGCAGUACACAUACAAGUGCUUGUCGUGUCCCUUCUCCACGAUGACCAUCAGUCAGCUGAAGGAGCAUUCUCUGAGGGACCAUGGUGAGUCUUUGACUCUGCCCAAACUCCGAGCUGCUACCCAGGCUGCACAUGCUGCCCUCAGGCCAUCCCGGCUGGUCACUAAUGCAGAGCAGGCUUCCUUGGCCCAAGAAGAUCCAUCUUAUCUUGAGCCAGCGGAUGUUCGUCAGCAGCUUAGUCAUUACAAGCUGGCCUCCCGCAGUCAAAUGUCUUCCAGUUCAAAACUCGGUGGUCCAACAGCAUUCGACGGUCGUCCAGAUGGCGUCCUCACAUGCGAGUUCUGUGAGUUCAGCUCUGGAUACAUGCAGAGUCUGCGUCGGCACUACAGGGACCGCCACGGUGGCAAGAAGCUCUUCAAAUGCAAAGACUGCUCUUUUUUUACCUGCAACAAGAAUACCUUCAAUAUGCAUGUGGAGGCUGGUCACAACAACACUGUACCUGAGGAGCUUCCCAAAGACCUGCGCUGCCCUCUCUGCCUCUACCACACCAAACACAAGAGCAACAUGAUCGACCACAUUGUUCUGCACCGAGAGGAGCGCGUGGCUCCACUCGAAGUCAGCCGCUCCAAACUGUCACGCCACCUUCAGGGCCUGGUGUUCCGCUGCCACAAAUGCACCUUCACGUGCUCCAGUGACCAGGCCCUGCAGCAGCACCUGCAGAAGCACGAUGAGAUCAAGCCCUACCAGUGCCAGCUCUGCUACUAUGACAGCAGUCGGCGGAGCCAGCUGGAGGAGCAUCUACGCCUUGAGCACAAGGUUGUCCGUAAUUUUGAACUGAUGGGUCGGGUCAACCUGGACCAGCUUGAAAUGAUAAAGGGACCCAGGAGCAGCACAGGGGAAGAAGAGGAGAGAGAAAUGAUGCAGAUGAUGGUGGAUGGAGAAGCUGCACUGGAAGAAGAAGAACAACAUGUGGAUGAGAUAGAGGAUGAUGAUGAGGCAAUGCAAAUGAUGGACUACAUGGUGGAUGACCAGAGAGAAAUGGAUGGCGAGGACCUGGAGGACAACUUUAAAGAGGAUGAGGAUGAGGGGGAGGAGGAAGAGGAGGAAGACAAUGAAGUCAAAGAGGCAGCGGAAGAAAAGCCUCCCAUGCAAGAGGUCCUUGCAUCUCCCAGUAGCAGUAGCACUGGCUCUGGGCCAAGCUGUGCAGAGAAGCGUCUUCCCUGUGAGUUCUGUGGUCGCUGCUUCACCAACAGCCUCGAAUGGGAGCGGCACGUCCUUCGACAUGGCAUGGUGGUUAACAACAAUCGGACGGACACCGGCUCCACCUCAGCAAUAGAGGCCUCAGUUCCAUCUUCCACCGGCUCUUCUGUGUUUGGAGACACGAGACAGGACGUGGCCAGCAACAGUAAAGAGGAAGAUGGCUCUGCUGAUCUGUCACUGACAAGUCAAAGCCAGUAUGCGGAAGACAAAGAAAUGCUUGACACCAAAAGAGAUCAGUAGUUUGGUUGAACCUCUUGCCUCUCAGGAUACUGUGCUAGAAACUGGGUAGAAUCAGCGCUGAGUGGGAUUGGAAAAUGAAACAAAGGAAAUAGAGAGGCUGAAACUUUAAAGAAAAGUGACUUUUUUAUCAGUUGGUGCAUUAGUAGAUUUUAGGUGUUGCAUAUAUAAGUAUUAGGUUGUGCUGCAUAAAACGGCUGAGCUCUCUAAAUGGGCAGUCCCCUAGGACAGAUCUUAAUAUAUUGGUAACCAAUAGUGAACAGAACUCUUUAUUGCUGACAUUCUGGUCAAAUCUACAGUGAAAGAUCCCACCUAGAUCAAACUAAGCUAUUUAUAGACAAUAUUCUCCAAAACAAUUAAUAAAAUUGUGCAUUUUAUCAUUUGAAGCACCUUUUACUGAAUGCUCCAUCCUGCUCAUCCAAAAAGAGGGGUUCUGUGAAUUUAUUUAAAGCAAACAAACAAGGUAUGAAAGCAUUCACAACCAUGGCACACUGAAGAACUACUGGUUCUCGUGAUUUUUAUUUUCAGAAUUAAGGACUUUUGUUUCCAUCUUGUGUUAAAUGUGUGAGAAAACUUCCUUAAGAAUCGCUCCUUAUCUAUUUUUAAUGAAGUCACACGUCAUGUUUUCUUCAGUUGUAGAGGAUCUGACCAUGUUCCCCAGUUAUUGUAGCAAACUCAAGUCAUUUAGGUCCCUUGAAUUAUACUACGUAUAAGCCUUCAACCUUUGAUGCCCAGCUCAUUUUACCUGUGCUGAUUUAAUGUUCAGUUCACUGACGAAAUCAUAGAAAUCCCUUUUCCCAGUAAGUUGUCAUGUUGUUUGUAGAUCAAAUUUAAGUCAGUAAGACAACAAAUGUGUUUAAUGUGUCAUGACUGUAUCUGCAUCCGUUCAGGAUUAGCCUGGGUCUCAACAGCAGGUUUAAAGUGUGAUGGCCUGUUGGCCAAGAUUACACUUGUCUUUUCAAUGCAAAAUAUUUGGUUGGGUGUGCCGGCUCCAGCCCCGUGCACUUUGUUUAGAGGAGGGGUGGUGUCCUGAGCUUACAGAGGUCCCGAAAGUAUGUACUUCUGUAUGUGAUCAGGUUCACUUGAUUACACUGUGCACAGGAUCAGACGACAUUACAUUAAUUUGGUCUUUGUUUUGAAACCAGUGCAUUAAAGUGCCUUACAAUUCAAAUGAAUACAGUCAUUCUCUAUGGCUUUUAUUGCUUUAAGAAACACUUUUAAAAUAACUAGAAUUCUGCCCAAAUGUUAUCUAAACAUUGAACAAACUCAGCUGAGAAACUGAUUUAACUGUGUCCACACUAUGCCAUGAUAGCAUAUCUAGAAGGUCUUUCUCUAAUCAAGAUAAGAUCCAAUUCGAUUUGCAUUUAUUAUACCUGGACAACGUAAGUAUGAAAUGUGAACAAAUGUAAUUUAGCAUCAUUGAUUGGAAAGCUUAAAACAGUGGCCUGAAAAAAGAAUUCUCAUCUCAUCCCUUGUUUGCCAGGCUUCGGAAGUAAUCUUUUCUGAGAUUGCUGCCUUCACGGGGAUCAAUAGAAGCAAGUGGAGUUUUGUUGUUUGUACCCGCAGCAUUGAAAAAGUACAUCAGUUUUGUAAUGAAAGAAUGCUGUUUGUGGGAGAAAUGCAUCCGUUCGGAUGAUUUUUAAGGGCAUUUUUCUAAUGUCAGGGGAUGACAAAUUGUUUAGUGUUAGGGUUUGAAGCCCCGGCCACGUGAUUGGCAGAUGUCUUUGCCUUUCAGCCUCUAGCUUUGGUGAUGACAGUUUCUAACCGGUACUUGUCAUCAACUUUUGACCAAUGUGUUGAUGUUGUCCAUGAUCUUGCUUUUGGUUUGGAAGGAUUUGCUGAAAAGACAAGUGUAAACGGGACUGUAAAGAUGACAGACUUUUAAAGGGUGUCAUAUUCCUCAUCUUAAAAACUUUAAAAAUCCUGUCAUAGUCUGCAUUUGUGUGCUUUUUUCUUUUCUUUUUUUCUCUUUCUCUAUUUUUUCACAAUGGUAUAUUAUUGUUGAUGUUAAAAAAAGGCAGAGAUUGUAUUUGUUGGAAGUUGCUGCUUGAAUGCCCUAAAGCCUUAUCAGACGUGAAUAGCAAUUAAGUCAAAUUUGUGUCCAAUUCAUAUGAAACCAAUAAGCAAUGUUGAACAAUCGGAAAUAAAAAAUGGCUAAUAGCUCUGUCAUCAAAGUUGUGGAAGAACACAACCAAUGCAACUGUGUUCUUGGUACCAAAAUACCAAGCCUGCUGUGUUUGCUGCUGUAAUUGUCUUUCUCAAGCAUUGAACUAUAGACGGAAAUAGGAAAUCUGCGUUUGGCCAUAAAGUCGUAUGGGUGGAACCCCGUUGAACUACAUGUUUGCAGCCAUGUAUAGAAAAAAAAACGUGUUAAGUGUUUGAACUGUCGUGUUUCAGAAAGGAUUAUUUAACCUUGUUUUCCUUUAGGUGUGCUCAUUUUUUAAAGGAGAAAAAAGAGAAAUAUAAAGAAAACAAUUAUAACCUAACCUUUUUGAGGCUUUUGAGCCUCUGCUCCAACAUUAUAAUGCCGUUGUACAAUGUCUGGUUGCAAUUAAAAAUAUGCCCUUUCUUACUUUAAUAGGAGUGAGCGAAAAGGAAGCUUGGGUGGUUGUACGAAAUGAAGCCUUUGAGGAAAGUUAUUCCGUUCCUUAGUAACUAAUCGACGAGGCUUUUUUUUGUGAAGAAGCAAAAACUGCAAGGGAAGAGACGUGCAAACAGUUCCUUUGGGGGCAUUUAGCUGAACUGCCUGCUCCUUCUUUGAGCUCUGGCACCAUCUGGAUUUCUAGUCCACCUGAUAAUUGAGAUUCAGCCCAUAAUGUCCAGUUCAAAUGUCUGGCACUCCACUCCACUGUCUUCUUGCAAGAUAGCAGAUUUCAUGACAACAACAAGCACUAGCUCACUCACUCCAAGCGCACCCGUUUGACGAUAGGUGAAGAUGUGGCUGUCCUUCUGUGCUUGCCAGUCGUUGAGAUACUUUAAAGCCGGUUAGGUUGGUGCUGAGUUUCAAAUUUGUUUUUCUGUUUUGCAGGACCAGCUUGUAUCUUCUUGAAAGUUAAACAGUUUGAAAAUAGUUGUUGUAGAAAAAAAGCUUUGUGAGGCAGCUUAUCGCCCGGCCCAGUUUAAACCAGAUGACAAAUUGACACAAUCUGGGUAAUGAAUCUGUCAACCUGACAUUGUUUGUUGUUCUGUGAUCAUUAUAAUGGAAAAUGACUCUGAAUCCCUCACUGUGUACAGUCUUUUGACUGUAAUACUCCCAGUUUACCCAAAGUUAAGCCCCUGCUGACAACACACUGGAUACUUGUAUAUAUGUUUAGUUUGUUUCCAAUGCAUUUCUCUUUUCAGACUGUUGUCUCCAUAGUUUGAAAUUAGAAUCUCUCCUUCUUGCCUUUUAUCCCAUAUAAAUCUGAUUACCUGAUGGUGGGUUGUGAUGUUGCCUAGAAUGAUUGUUUACAAUUUUAUUCCAUUUAUCUCUGGAUAUUCUGUAAAUAUUGUAAUUCAUUGUCUUUUUUUAACUUGAUAAUAAAGUUAUCAGAUAACAGCUA